AUGUGUUGGGCGUGGAUAGGGAGAGGGAGAGAUGUGUUGGGCAUGGAGGGGAGAGGGAGUGGUGUGCUGGGCAUGGAGGGGGGAAGGAAGAGAUGUGUUGGGCAUGGAUGGGGAGAGGGAGUGGUGUGCUGGGCAUGGAGAGGAAAAGGGAGAGAUGUGUUGGGCAUGGAUGGUGAGAGGGAGAGAUGUGUUGGGCAUGGAGGGGGAGAGGGAGAGGUGUGUUGGGCAUGGAUGUGGAGAGGAAGAGAUGUGUUGGGCGUGGAGGGUGAGAGGGAGUGGUGUGUUGGGCGUGGAGGGGGAGAGGGAGAGAUGUGUUGGGCGUGGAGGGGGAAAGGGAGAGAUGUGUUGGGCAUGGAGAAUGAGAGGGAGAGAUGUUCCAAACAGUGUGCUGGGCGUGGAAGGGGAGAGGGAGAGAUGUGUUGGGCAUGGAGGGGGAGAGGGAGAGAUGUGUUGGGCGUGGAUAGGGAGAGGGAGAGAUGUGUUGGGCAUGGAGGGGAGAGGGAGUGGUGUGCUGGGCAUGGAGGGGGAAAGGAAGAGAUGUGUUGGGCAUUGAUGGGGAGAGGGAGUGGUGUGCUGGGCAUGGAGAGGGAAAGGGAGAGGUGUGUUGGGCAUGGAUGUGGAGAGGAAGAGAUGUGUUGGGCGUGGAGGGUGAGAAGGAGUGGUGUGUUGGGCGUGGAGGGGGAGAGGGAGAGAUGUGUUGGGCGUGGAGGGGGGAAGGGAGAGAUGUGUUUGGCAUGGAGGAUGAGAGGGAGAGAUGUGUUGGACGUGGAGGGUGAGAGGGAGAGGUGUGUUGGGAAACAGUGGAUCCAGAUCUUUAGGAGCUGUUCAUAA